CUGUCAUAACCAUAAAGAGCGGUUCUUGGUAAUCUCACACAACUCGGUGUUACUGGGUGUGGAGAACACCUGUAAGGGGGUAUCUUGAGUAUACUAUUGACUUGGUGUCUGUCCUUCGUCAAAAAAAUUAUUUCCUGAACAGGGGUCAGCAGGAUGGCAGUGUUGGCGAGCGGUGAUUUUAAGCGCCACUUUGAUAGUGGUGAUGGCAGUGGCGACUCCCAAUUUCACCGUGCCAAAGCGUGUAGCAAACAGGAUGGUACCUAGUUGGUGGUUCACAGCCAAGCGCGUUUGCUAUGGGGGAUACGAUUGUUCCCGCGAAGAAUGUUGUACUCGACCAAUGCUAUCUUCGAACUCUUAUUGCAUGUCAAUGAGGACGAGGGGACAGGUGUGUAAUACGCGGCCGCAGCUUCUCGACCCCGAGAACGAGCUUUACUUCAAUGACUGCCCGUGUCUUCCGAACUUCUCCUGUGCUGCCCUAAAUCACAAGACGGCAGCAACUUGCGUUGAUACGAAAUCGUUGGAGGUUGACUUCAGGAAGUAUAAAAAUUCCUUCCUUAGCAACAAAUUCACAAGAUGAGCUAAAUGAGGCGAAGAACAGCAGGAGAGAAUUGGAAACAGAAGUGUUGUUUACCGAUAUCAAUGCCAGUAGAAAAUAUUGUAAACGGUAAUAUAUUA